CAGUCCUUGAUGCUGCAUUCAGUGCGCUGUGCGGGACAGAGGAGAGGAGCGCUGCUUUUACACUCCGCUUCAAAGCCAUGGAUCUAACUAACAGCAAAUUAUCCUCCGUCCGAAAGUGUCUUCUGCUAACUUUACUGUUCGUUAGUUCAUUUCAGCUGUGCCGAGCAAAGCGAGUUUUCAAAUGUCCUUCAGGAUGCACUUGUACGACAGAUUCAAUCAUUUGCAUCGGUUCUUCUCUCCUCCCGCGGACCAUCCCGAGUGACAUCAACUCUCUGAGUAUUGUUAAUUGCAGUUUCCCAGAAAUCAAUGAGGCAAUGUUCUCGCUCAUGCCCUCACUGCAGUUGCUCCUUCUUAGUUCUAAUUCAUUUUCUGAAAUAAAGGAGGAUGCGUUCUCAGGGCUUCCUCAUCUGGAGUAUUUAUUUAUUGAAGGUAACAAGAUUGAAGAAAUAAACAAGUAUGCCUUUAGAGGACUUCGGGAUGUUACACAUUUAUCAUUAGCAAACAACAAUUUAAAAUCAUUGCCCAGAGCUCUUUUUUCUGAGCUGCGCUCUUUGAUUGAACUAGACCUGCGAGGAAACAUGUUUCACUGUGACUGUGAGUCCAUGUGGCUGAUGCUGUGGUUGAAGCGAUCCAAUGCCACAAUCUCAGAUGUUUACUGUGCCAGCCCAUCGGCCAUGAAGGGUGUCCUAUUAAAGGAUGUCCCAGAAAAACACAGCAAGUGUGUCUCCACAGAUUUUGUUCAGCAUCAGAUAGUGAAUACUCAGUCAAUGUCAGCAGACAUCUUCACUCAUAAAGAUGAUAUAUAUGUGGCUAUGGCGGUUCCAAAUUCAGACAGCUGCAUCAUUAUGGAAUGGGAUCACAUCGAGACGAAAUUUAGGCCUUUUGAUGACAUCACAGGUCGGUCUGUUGUUGGGUGUCGAUCUGUUUUGAUCAAUGAGCAGGCGUUUGUCAUUGUCCUCCAGCUCUUCGAUGGCUCUCUUGUCUACAAAUAUGACCAAGCACAGAAUAAAUUCACCAAGUUUCAGGCAGUUGAAAUGCUGAAUGUGUCCAAGCCAAAUGACAUCGAAGUCUUCCAGAUUGGAGAUGACUGGUUUUUCCUUAUAGUGGACAGUUCCAAAGCUGGAAUGACCACUCUGUUUAAAUGGAACGAAACCGGGUUCUACCCGUACCAGUUCCUUCACGAGUGGUUUCGAGACACUGACGCAGAGUUUCUUGAUUUAGAUGGCAAAUCAGUCCUCAUACUGGUGAGCCGCUCACAGGUUCCUGUUAUUUACCAGUGGAACAAGAGCAGCCAGAAGUUCGUUCUCCUUGAUGAGAUAGCAAAUAUGGAGGACAUUGUCAGCGUGAAGGCCUUUAGGAUUAAUGGUGUUCUCCACCUUGCCCUCGCCUGCUACAUUGGCGACUCAAAAGUCAUGAAGUGGACUGGGAAACACUUUGAAGAAGUGCAGGGCUUCCCUUCACGCGGCGCCACAGUAUUACAGCCAGUCAAGUUCAAAGAGCAGCACUAUUUGAUUCUGAGCAGUGAUUAUUCUUUCUCCCAGAUCUUCAGGUGGGAUGAGGAGAACCAGAGUUUCAUCAAGUUCAGGGAUGUGUAUGUUCAGUGGCCACGCUCAUUCACAGCACUGUCCACAGACCAGCGGGAUUUUGUGCUGGCCACCAGCUUCAAAGGCAAAACCAAGGUGUUUGAACAUAUUUCAGUGGAUUAUAGCAAAUAAGGCAUAUGCUGUUACUUGUUUCAUUUGGUCAAAUGCUAAACAAAGAACACUGUAAAACCCAACAGUCAACUUUAUCUGAUGAAAUGAGUGUAGUUAACUCAAAAUUGACUGAAAGUUAAUUCUACUCAUUUGAAAAGAGUUUUGAACUCAGUGUUGAAGGUAAUGAGUUAAUGAAAGACUUCAUUACUUCAACUUAAACAGAGUAAGUUCACAGUACUCAUAUAGAUUAGUAUUUUAACUCAAAUGGUCGCAAUCGGUUUCCUUAAAUGGUUUGAGUUGCCUUAGCUUAUUAGGUUUUACAGUACUCAGUUGGUUUGAGUUCUUUUCAUUUAUUGGGUUUUACUGUGCUCAAAUUGCUUUGUUUACUCAAAUGGAUUAAGUCCACAGUACUCAUUAGGAUUAGUUUUUAAACUUAAAUGAUUUGUCGCAAUCGGUUUCUAAAUGGUUAGAGUUACCUUAACUUUUUGGGUUUUACAGUGAAUCUGUCCUUUAAUAUAACAAUACAUGUAACCUUUAUAUCUAUGAAUGUAAUGUUUUGUCAACAAAAAGGCCGAAACCUAGUGCACAUCACUAUCUUCUAUCUGUCUUGCAAAAGCUAUUUAUGCAACUUUUUCUAUUAAAGUAUAAAACACUAAUGCAUUGCAGCUUAAUUUAUCCAGAUGUCGACAAUACAGGACUGUUUGAUAUUAUCAGGGCCCUUUAAAUAGUUCCUUUGUGAUAUAUCAGGUUGAUCAAAGGUAGGGACUCAGGCUUUAAUCCAAGAAACUGUGGACUUAAGCUUGACAGCUUCAAGCUAAUUUAUUCUAAUGAGCUGGUUUGACUUUAUUCAAGCAUGCCACUGGUGCUGACUAGUGCUAUUAUUCAGUAGAGACCCUCAUUGUUAUUGCCUUUGACAAAUGAAAGCCUUAGAAAUGUUUUAUUUUAUUAUGAUUAUUUUUUACAGACGAUGAUUCUUUUGUCAGUUUAAUGGCUGAGCAAUAUACUGAAUGUACAAUUGAAAUUAUAUU